AGUACGAUUUAAACAAAAAGGUUUAGUAGUACAAGUGCAAGUUAAAUAUAAUGGGGGACAAAAAGCCAGAAGCAGAGACCGACUUGAACAUCGAUUAUGAGGCUCUCAAGGAUCUGAAUAUUGCUAAAGAUCAACUUAGAAUGUUGAAAUCCAUCUUUGACUCUUUUGAUCUUGAAAAGAAAGGUGAAAUUGCGGUCGAUAUGAUUGGACAAAUUUUGGAUAUGUUGGGCCAGCAGCUAACACCAGACGAAUUACAGAAAAUUAUUAAAGAAAUUGAUGAAGAUGGUAACGGUGUUAUGAAUUUCGGAGAAUUUGCUCAUCUGGCUGCAAGUUUCUUGAUUGAAGAGGAGGAAGAUACAGAACAAAUUUUGAAAGAGUUAAAGGAUGCCUUCAGGUUAUAUGAUAAAGAAGGAUUGGGAUACAUUUCUGUGGAUCUUCUCAGAGAAAUUUUAAAAGAAUUGGAUGACAAGAUGACUCCAUCAGAUUUAGAGCAAAUGAUUGAAGAAAUCGACACAGAUAAAUCUGGAACUGUUGACUGGGAAGAGUUCAAAGCAAUGAUGAUCGGGUAAAUUUGGUCGAUCUGAAUUUCCUCCAUAGCAAUUAGAAAAGUCUCUCAUACCGAGCACCUUUUAAUUCAACCUCUGACAGUGUGCCAAAAACGUCUAUUAUUAAGUUGACACAGAAAAACAUAAAACACAAUUGUUUCGGUCUAUCUAAGUGUCUUUAUUUUUAGAACUAGUGUCUAGCGAUAUUUUUGUAAUUAAGUAAAAUAAAUGAUUGGCCAAAAAUAUUUUUUGUAUUACGUAUUUUAUUGG